UGUCAAAGCUAGCUUACCAGCGGCUUUACCUGCCUCUACGUUUUUAACUCGAUAUCAGUCGCUGGUUUGAUUUUAACACGACGUGAUACACGAUCGGAAGGUUUGUGAGUGUGGUCCUAAUGGGCAGUGUGUCUGCGGUAGCUGCGUGACUCGGAUAAUUUCACUUCCAAACAGCAGAAGAAGCUAAAGGGAGAACACGUUGCCUUCUUUGUCACAGCGGGUAAACUGGGUCGCUCGGCCAACAAACGCCUUCUGGCUUUAGCGCAGUUUUAAUAGAAACCCCUCGAUCUCUUACUCAGGAUGCCAUGCCACAAUCAGCAACUGAACAAUGUCAACAGUGGACAGGAGCACCCGAUGAAGCAAGUACGGUUUGCAAACAACAACAACAACAGCAGCAGCAGCAGCAGUGUUCCUGCAGUGCUGUCCAACUCUGAACCCACUGAGGACACCUUACAGACGGGCAGCCAGGAGACCCUGGGACCUCAGCUUAAACUGCUCCCUCUGAACGACCAGAUCCGAGAAUUACAGACCAUAAUCAGAGACAAGACAACCAGCAGAGGAGACUUUGUGUUUUGUGCUGAUCGACUGAUCAGACUAGUAGUUGAAGAGGGUUUGAAUCAGCUCCCCUACUCAGAGUGCACUGUGACCACGCCAACAGGGUACAAGUAUGAAGGUGUCAAGUUUGAAAGAGGCAACUGUGGAGUCAGCAUAAUGAGGAGUGGUGAGGCCAUGGAGCAGGGUCUCAGGGACUGCUGCCGCUCCAUUCGCAUCGGCAAGAUCCUCAUCCAAAGUGAUGAGGAGACACAGAAAGCCAAGGUCUACUAUGCCAAAUUCCCUCCAGAUGUGUACAGAAGAAAAGUGCUGCUCAUGUACCCCAUCCUCAGUACUGGAAACACUGUGAUUGAGGCGGUGAAGGUGCUGAUAGAGCACGGUGUCCAGCCCAGACAUAUUAUCCUCCUCAGCCUCUUCUCCACGCCUCACGGAGCCAAAUCUAUAAUCCAGGAGUUCCCUGAUAUCACCAUCUUGACCACGGAGGUCCAUCCAGUGGCCCCAACACAUUUUGGUCAGAGGUACUUUGGCACUGACUAGACGGACAACCAGUAGAACAUGACCUGCAAAUAGUUUGGGGUAUAUUUUGUCCUGUUUAUUUCAAUGUUUCAUGUUCUCCUUGUUGUGCCAAAUACUGCUACUUCAUCUCCAAAGUUCCUAAAACUGACGUUUAAUUGGAUUGAUUGUAUUUAUUAUGUUGUUUUUUUGCUGUGUGUGCUCUUAUUCAAGAAAGAACAACCAUAUAAAGAGUUCAACUUGGAUCAUUUUAUUUUGCAUGUUACAACAACUGAUGGUAAAUAAAGAAUUUAUAUUUGUUAAAAGACAGAA